UGGGGUCGCAAGUCCUGGGUCUGAGGGAGGAGGGGCUGGAUGCCUGGACUCCUGGGUCUGAGGGAGGAGGGGCUGGAUGCCUGGACUCCUGGGUCUGAAGGGAGGAGGGGCUGGGGGCCUGGACUGCUAGGUCUAAAGGAGGAGGCAGCUGGAAACUGGGACUCCUGUGACCAAGGCGGCCGCGUUGAACGAGCCAGGCCUGGCUUCCAAGGUCCCGGCACGCGUGUGCAAGGCAGGAUCCCCCGGCCCCUCCCCUGCCGCCCGGCGCCGCCCCGCCCCCGCCCCCGACCCGGGCCCUGCCGAGCGUGAGCAGCUAGCAGCCGGCCGGCCAGCGAGCGUCCCUGCAGCCAGCGAGCAGGAGGAGGAGCUGCUGCCGGGCGGAGGGCAGCCGCGGGAGCCGAAGAGGGCGCCCCAGGUGGUUGCCCCCUCCCUCUCCUGAGAUGUCAGGAAGGAGGGGGCCACCUGUGUCCUCCACAGGGGCCCCCCGAAGCCUGGGGACUCCCAGCCCCAGAGCUCCGAGGCGGAGGAGGUGCUGACAGGUGCUCCGAGAGAUGCUCCCUCUCCCCUCAUGCUCCCUCCCCAUCCUCCUCCUUUUCCUCCUCCCCAGUGUGCCAAUUGAGUCCCAACCCCCACCCUCAACAUUGCCCCCUUUUCUGGCCCCUGAGUGGGACCUUCUCUCCCCCCGAGUAGUCCUGUCUAGGGGUGCCCCUGCUGGGCCCCCUCUGCUCUUCCUGCUGGAGGCUGGGGCCUUUCGGGAGUCAGCAGGUGCCCCGGCCAACCGCAGCCGGCGUGGGGUGAGCGAAACUGCACCAGCGAGUCGUCGGGGUGAGCUGGCUGUGUGCGAUGCAGUCAGUGGCUGGGUGACAGACCGCCGGACCGCUGUGGACUUGCGUGGGCGCGAGGUGGAGGUGUUGGGCGAGGUGCCUGCAGCUGGCGGCAGUCCCCUCCGCCAGUACUUCUUUGAAACCCGCUGCAAGGCUGAUAACGCUGAGGAAGGUGGCCCGGGGGCAGGUGGAGGGGGCUGCCGGGGAGUGGACAGGAGGCACUGGGUAUCUGAGUGCAAGGCCAAGCAGUCCUAUGUGCGGGCAUUGACCGCUGAUGCCCAGGGCCGUGUGGGCUGGCGAUGGAUUCGAAUUGACACUGCCUGCGUCUGCACACUCCUCAGCCGGACUGGCCGGGCCUGAGACCCAUGCCCAGGAAAAUAACAGAGCUGGAUGCUGAGAGACCUCAGGGAUGGCCCAGCUGAUCUAAGGACCCCAGUUUGGGAACUCAUCAAAUAAUCACAAAAUCACAAUUCUCUGAUUUUGAGCUCAAUCUCUGCAGGAUGGGUGAAACCACAUGGGGUUUUGGAGGUUGAAUAGGAGUUCUCCUGGAGCAACUUGAGGGUAAUAAUGAUGAUGAUAUAAUAAUAAUAGCCACUAUUUACUGAGUGUUUACUGUUUCUUAUCCCUAAUACAUAACUCCUCAGAUCAACUCUCAUGGAUUUGAUCAUUGGUGGCCCUUGGUGUUAAGUUGCUGACUACUCAGUCUCAGAGGACACCACCUUGCUGGGGAGUGGGAGGGGACAUUUCACGAUGUGGGUGGAGGAGGAGAGAAACUAGAACAGGCAAGCAGAUGGCCAGGGGACCUUGAGAACGUGGCCCACAGAAGGCCUUUAAGUAUCUGGGAGAUGGGGUUCAAAUGGGAAAUCUUACUUAGUAAGAGGGGGCAAAGGUUGACUUAGAAUAUUCUGUUUGGAGGUAAUAAGCUACCGAUCACAGAGGAGUACAAGCAAGGUUGAAUGAGAAGUGAUCAGGAUGCUGGAGAGUUCAGCCCUCGGCAGGGAGCUGAAGUCAGGUUUCUAGCCCUCUUCCCUGUCCCAACCUUUACUCUACAUUGGGAAAGAAACAGACCUUAAAAUUUUCCAGCUUGAUGGCCAGGUGCGAUGGCUCAUUCCUGUAAUCCCAGCACUUUGGGAGGCCGAGG